AUGGAGAUUACUGGGAAACAAUCGUUAGGUGGUGCAUCAACAAAACUUGGAUUUGACAAAUCCAAAAUCCUUCCAGAAGAAGAUCGUGUUUUAACAGCUCAUGGAAGAAAAGCUUUAAAAAACCAACAUUGUGUUCUUGGUGCUGAAAUUAAAGAUGAAAACAAAGAAGAAAAAGCCAUAGCUGAGAUCAAAGAGAAAACCAGAGAAGAAAUUCUAAGUGAGAAAACAGACAGAGAAAUAAGGAUUGCAAGGAACAGAAUUGACGAAAUGCAACAAGAAUAUGAAAAGGCUGUCAGUUACAAAAGAUGGGAUAAGAAGCAAGAAUGUUAUGUCAAUGGAGAUGGUGAACAAGUUGUUCCAAAGAAGGAAAUAGUUUUUGAUGAUGUUCUUCUGAAGAAGGAUGAAGAGAGAGUGAAGAAGAAUGUUGAAGAAAUGGUGAACAAUAUGAAGAAAGCUGCUGGAGAGGUUAAAACUGAAGUUGUUGAAGUUGAGAUUGUGAAAGAUGAAGCUGUGAAAGUGGAGAAUGUGAAGAUACAUGAGGAAGAUAAGGUAAAAGAAGUUGAGAAAGCUGUUACUGAAGAGCAGCAAGUUGUAGAAGAUGAGGAGAAAACUGAAAGUUUGACUGAGGUAAAGAUUGAAACCUUGAAGUCUGCUAGUGAUAAAGGUACUGGUGAUGAGAAGAAGGAAGAGCUGAAGCAGACAGAGGCAGCUGAAAACACCGAAGUGCUCAACGAAAUCAAAGAUUAUGAGAAUGGAAGUUGGAGCAGCCUGACACAACGAGAUGAGGAGGUUGCUGAAUCCUGUGUUGGUUGA